AUGCUGACACGUUUUUUUGGUUCUCCACCAUGUGGGAAGCCAGGCUCGACUCCUGCAAGCAUUUUGACUCAAACAUCCGCAGGGCACUUCGGCAAGUCACCCCCUUUUGGCAUGACAGCGCUGUGGAAGGCCACCAUUUUGGCCUUCUUGGUGGCCACCAGCGUGGCUGCCAAGGUGGAAGAGAAGAAGAUUGAUGGUCCGGUGAUUGGCAUCGAUCUUGGCACCACUUAUAGUUGUGUGGGCAUCUACAAAAACGGCCGGGUGGAGAUCAUUCCGAAUGACCAGGGAAAUCGCAUCACACCCUCCUAUGUGGCCUUCACGGAGGAUGAGCGACUCAUAGGCGAAGCAGCCAAGAAUCAGGCCACCAUCAACCCGAGCCAGACCUUGUUUGAUGUGAAGCGCCUGAUUGGGCGGCGCUUCAAAGAUUCCACUGUGCAGGCAGACAUCAAACUCCUGCCCUAUUCCGUGGUGGACAAGACAGGCAAGCCAAUGAUCAGUGUGAAAGUCAAGGGUGAGGACAAGGUGAUGGCUCCAGAGGAGGUCUCUUCCAUGGUUCUGACCAAGAUGAAGGAGACUGCAGAGAAUUACUUGGGCAAAGAGGUGAACCAUGCAGUCAUCACAGUACCAGCCUACUUCAGUGAUGCUCAACGUCAGUCUACCAAGGAUGCCGGCACCAUUGCGGGCUUGAACGUUUUGCGCAUCAUCAACGAACCGACUGCCGCAGCCAUCGCCUAUGGGUUGGACAAGGACCAGAAGACUGAGAAGAACAUCCUGGUUUUCGAUCUGGGGGGUGGCACCUUCGAUGUCUCCCUUCUCACCAUCGACCAGGGUGUUUUCGAGGUCAUGGCCACCAGUGGUGACACCCAUUUGGGUGGCGAAGACUUCGACCAACGUGUGAUGCAGCACUUCAUGAAACUCUUUCAGAAGAAGCACGGCAAGGACAUGUCCAAGGACAAGCGUGCAAUCCAGAAGUUGCGCCGGGAGGUGGAGAAGACCAAACGAGCUUUGAGCUCCACCCACCAGGCACGAGUGGAGAUUGAGGCCUUGUUCGACGGAGUGGACUUCUCCGAAACCUUGACCCGCGCACGCUUCGAGGAGCUCAAUGCGGAUCUCUUCAAGAAGACCUUAGGACCCGUGAAGCAGGUGCUGGACGAUUCGGGUUUGAAGAAGAGCCAGGUGGAUGAGAUCGUGCUGGUGGGUGGCUCCACACGUAUUCCCAAGGUCCAGCAGCUCAUCAAGGACUUCUUCAAUGGCAAGGAGCCGAACCGGGGUGUCAACCCUGACGAGGCAGUGGCCUAUGGUGCAGCUGUGCAGGCAGGAAUCCUUAGCGGUGAAGGUGGAGAUGACAUGGUGCUGUUGAAUGUUGCCCCAUUGACCUUGGGCAUUGAGACCGUGGGAGGGGUCAUGACCAAGCUCAUUGGCCGCAACACUGUGAUCCCCACUAAGAAGUCGCAGAUCUUCUCCACCUACCAGGACAACCAACGAGCUGUGAACAUCCAGAUCUACGAGGGUGAGAGACCCAUGACCAAGGACAACUACUUGCUGGGCAAGUUCGAGCUCUCCGGGAUCCCUCCGGCCCCGAGUGGUCAGCCACAGAUCGAGGUGACCUUUGAGAUCGACAGCAAUGGCAUCUUGAACGUGGCCGCGGAAGACAAGGGCACAGGGAAGAGCGAGAAGAUCACCAUCACCAACGACCAGGGUCGGUUGAACGAGGAGCAGAUCCAGAAGAUGAUUCGGGAAGCAGAGGAGUUUGCGGAUGAGGACAAGAAGGUGAAAGAGCGUGUGGACGCUAAGAAUGCCUUCGAUGGCUACAUCCACUCCAUGCGUUCAUCCGCGGAGGGCUCGGGCAACAACAAGGGCUUGAGUGAAAAGAUUAGCUCUGAUGAGAAGGAGACGAUCCUGGAUGCUUUGAAGGAUGCGCGUUCAUGGCUUGACUCCAAUCCAGAAGCUGAUGUGGAGGAGAUCAAGGAGAAGCAAAAGGAGGUCGAAGGGAUUUGCGCACCCAUUGUGUCGAAGUACUAUGGCGGAGGUGGUGGUGGCGGUGCUGGUGUGGGUGAUGAUGAGGAGGAUUUUCAUGACGAGCUCUAA